GUACGUCAAUGCCACAGUCCGUUUCCAGCGGAAGUAACAGGUUAUCCUUGGACAAAACAGACAAUGCGCCCUCUAGUAGUCGUCCGCAUUCCUGGGAAACUGGUGAUGCAGCACAACCCGGAGCUGGUGAUACAGCGCAACCCGGAAAAGUGAGACAACCGUCACAGUCAAACCUCGAGGAAAUCGACGGCAAGCUCAACCAUUUAGCAAAGCGAAUGCAGAAUUUCGAAAACCAGCUCUGUGAUACUGUAGACAAGAUACUGCUGUUGCUUGGGCAGAAACCAACCAUGCCUAGAGAGAAAGUGCCGGAACUGGUUCGCCCUCCCACAACGCAUUCCAUAAGGCGAGGUCCUCGACUUGUCAAAUCUCCUAAUGAUCUCGCGAGACUUCUCGAUAAAAUGUGACUCCACAUACAAAUGUGCAUGUUUUUUCAUUGACCGCUGAAAACGUUGUUUUAGAAAUGUGCAGCGUGCAAGUGUUCAUCUCCAUCAUAAAUGAUCUAUAGUCAAAUCUCCAAAUCA